UCUUCGUCUCAUAACUGUUACACAAAAAUCAGUUAACUUCCCUCUCUUUCAACCACCAUCACACCACCACCAUGAACCCAACAAACCACCUCAUUUUCUUCAUCUUGAUCACAACCCUCAUAAGACCAAACCCAUCACUAGCAAUCCCUCGAAACACCACAUUCGAUUUCUCAUCACUCCAGCCUGAAAACCUCACUCUCCUCGGCGAUUCCCACUUCCAAAACGACGUCGUUAGCCUCACAAUCCAAUCCGAAACCCCCUCUUCCUCUUCCGGUACCAUCAUUUACACUGCCCCAAUUCGUUUCUCCGAUAACCGAACCAAUUCCACCACUUCUUUCUCCACAAGUUUCUCAUUUUCAAUUACUAACUAUGGCCCGAAUUCCCCUGUUUCCCCUGUUUUGGGUGGUGGGUUAUCGUUCUUUAUCUCGCCUGGAAAUCAGACUCUUGGGUCUCCUGGUGGAUAUUUGGGUCUUGUGAAUGCUUCUAUGUUGACCCAAAACAGGUUUAUUGCUAUAGAAUUCGAUACACGGCUUGAUGCCCAUUUUCAUGACCCGAAUGAUAAUCAUGUUGGGUUGGAUAUCGAUAGCUUGAAUUCGAUCAAAAGUGUUGAUUGUAUGUUGUUUGGGAUUGAUUUAAGAAGUGGGGUUUCUUCUUUUACUUCUUGGAUUGAUUAUUUUCACGAGUUAAAGAAUCUCAAAGUGUUUUUGACCCGUUCGCGUUUAAAGCCCGAUUCCCCAAUUUUGAGUGUGGAUAUUGAUCUUUCGGGCUAUUUUGAAGAAUAUAUGUAUGUGGGCUUUUCGGGUUCAACACAAGGAAGUACAGAGUCUCAUUGGAUUGAAAGUUGGAGCUUUAACUCAUCUGGGAUCAAACAUUUCAACCCAAAAAACGAUAAUCCAUACAAUGUGAGUAGUGAAAUGGUUCCAAUACAGAUUUCGGGUCAUUCUGGGUACAGUAAGUACCGUAGAAAACUCGGGUAUGGUUUGGGGGUUUCUGGCCCGAUGUUUGUUUUCGCAGUUUUAGUACUAGUCGGGUACAUUGCAGUUAAAAAAUGGAAGGAAAUCAAGAUUGAAACGAGCAUAAAAACCGGGUUUAAAAGAGGACCAAGACAGUUUAGUUACAAAGAACUCAAAAUGGCUACAAAUAACUUCCAUUUGAGUCGAAUAAUAGGUCAUGGUGCAUUCGGGAUUGUUUAUAAGGCCUUCUUGAUAUCGUCAGGAGCAACUUCUGCAGCUGUGAAAAGAUCUAUGUGUUCCCCAGAAGCAAAAGACGAUUUCUUGGCUGAGUUAUCGGUUAUAGCGCGUUUAAGACACAAGAAUCUUGUUCAGCUACUUGGAUGGUGUGUCGAAAAAGGGGAGUUCUUGUUAGUUUACGAGUUAAUGCCAUACGGGUCAAUAGACAAAGUGUUGUAUCAAGAUCCUGAUCUUUUGGGUUUUUUAACAUGGAACCGUAGAUACAAAAUCGCGAUUGGGUUAGCUUCUGUUUUAGCUUAUCUUCAUCAAGAAUGUGAUAAGUUGGUUAUCCAUAGAGAUAUAAAGUCAAGUAAUGUAAUGCUAGAUGAACACUUUAAUGCCCGUUUAGGUGAUUUCGGGCUGGCCCGUUUGAUAGAUCAUAACAAAAGCCCGGUUUCAACUUUAACAGCUGGGACCAUGGGUUAUUUGGCCCCUGAGUAUCUACACUGUGGAAAAGCAACCGAUAAAACCGAUGUGUAUAGCUACGGUGUGGUGGUGUUAGAAGUGUGUUGUGGACGAAGGCCUAUCGAGAAGGAAACUGGGGUCGAAAAGAUGGUGAAUUUGGUUGAUUGGGUGUGGGACUUGUAUGCAAAAGAUGAGAUUUUGGAUGCUAUUGAUGAAAGGCUUAAUGGUGAGUUUAAUAAGGAUGAAGCUAGGAGGUUGUUGAUGGUUGGGUUAAGUUGUGUGAACCCGAGAAGCGAAAUGAGGCCCACGAUGGGUCGAGUGUUGCAAAUAUUGAACCGCGAUGCGGAGGAGGAGAUGGCGGUGGUUCCGUUGAUGAAACCAAAAGUGAGUUUUUGUGCUAGUUUGCCUUUGAAUGUUGAGGAUCUUGUGUUUUGUUCGGAAGAUGAUGAUGAUGAACAAGAAAGUGAUAGUAGUUGUACGACUUUGGAUGGUGGAUUUGAGAUUCGUAUUGAAGGGUCUAGUUUCUAGAUAUUAUCAAGUUUGUUGGAUCGAUUGUUUGAUAAUGUAGAUUGUUUAUGAAAACGAUUUAUUUUCCCGUCA